CCUAGAGCUGCAAUAGUUGUACUUGGGACACCUUUGCAUAUGUCAUGGAGCUCCAGACUGCAACAGUACUGUUCUUCCUUCUCCCUUUCAUCAUCAUCUUCAUCUUCUUCUUCUUCUUCAAGCCAGUUGACAAACCGAUCAUCAGAAGAUCCAAAUUAGCCCCAGGUCCAUGGAAGCUGCCUCUCAUUGGGAACAUGCACCAGCUGGUAGGCGCAGCAACCCAUCGUGCUCUGAGAGAUUUAGCAAGAAAGCAUGGACCCAUCAUGCACCUAAAGCUCGGCGAGAUCCCUGCAAUUGUAAUAUCAUCGCCUCGGCUCGCCAAAGAGGUGCUGAAAACCCAUGAUCUCGCCUUCGCAGACAGGCCCCAGUGUCUGGUCUCCAAGAUUAUGUUCUUCAAUCAAGCAGACAUCGCCUUUUCACCUUACGGCGAUUGCUGGAGACAAAUGCGCAGGAUCUGCAUCGUGGAGCUGCUAGGCCCCAAGAGCAUCCGAUCGUUUCAAUUUAUCCGGGAAGAAGAAGUGUGGAAGCUCGUGGAGUCGGUUCAAUACUCGUUGGGAUCGGCCGUCAACGUCACCGAAAAGCUUCUCUCCACGGCGAUUUCCAUAACAUUCAGGACGGCAUUUGGCAAGAGAUUCAAAGGGGAUAGAGAGUUGAUGAAUCUGCUAAAGGAAGCAGUGUCAUGGGUGGGUGCUUUCGAUGUUUCCGAUCUGUUUCCAUCGCUGAAACUGCUUCAUCCUCUCAGUAGGAUGAAACCCAAGUUGGAGAAGAUGCGCCACGAGAUGGGGAGAAUCAUCCAAGAACUCAUCGUAGAACGCAGAGACAGCCGGGCAAGCAGCAAUGGACGGGAGGAAAAUGGUGGAUCAUGCGAAGGCAACAUACUCGACGUGCUGAUAAGGCUUCAAGAUAGCGGCAGCGAUCUAGAUUUACCCAUCACAGAUGACAACAUCCAUGGAGUGAUUUUGGAUGUAUUCCUUGCAGGAGCAGACACGACGGCGAUAACAAUUGAAUGGGCUAUCUCCGAGAUGAUUCGGAACCCCAAAGUGAUGGAAAGGGCAGUGGCCGAGUUGAGACUGGCUCUAAAGGGAAAGAACAGAGUACAUGAGAGUGAUAUCAAGGGAUUAAGCUAUCUGAAAAUGGUGAUCAAAGAGACACUGAGGCUUCAUCCUCCUGCUCCUCUCUUACUCCCAAGGGAAUGUAGGGAAGCCCGAGAGAUUGAUGGGUUUGCAGUACCCAUCAAGACCCACCUCUUGAUUAAUGCCUGGGCCAUUGGAACAGAUCCCGAAUAUUGGCAAGAUCCUGAAAGUUUCAUCCCAGAGAGGUUCGAGAACAGUUCUUUUGAUUUCAUAGGCAAUGAGUAUGAAUAUAUUCCAUUUGGGGCUGGAAGAAGAGCGUGCCCAGGCAUGUCUUAUGGUCUGGCCAAUGUUGAGCUUGCUUUGGCACAGCUACUUCACCAUUUCAACUGGGUGCUACCUUAUGGGAUGAAGCCGGAAGAUCUGGACAUGACAGAGACCAGUGGCGCCGCUGCCAAGAGGAGAAACGAUUUGUACCUAAUUCCCACUCAAUGUAACGAUUGAACAGAGUUCUUUCACUACUUUCUCCCAUGAUUCUUGUGAUUCCGAAAUGCUACUUUAGAUACUCUUUUAAGUUAAAUAUUCGUAAUAAUACUCUAUAUUGAUGUGCUACAUUUUAUUUUAUAUCAAUAU